AGAGAUAUUAAGUGGUGUCUAUAGCUUCUUCUUCAUCUCAUCAUCCACAAAAUUUCCAAGAAAAAUCUCACAAGACCACCAAGUUCUAAAGGUAAGUAUAUAUAUAGUCAAUAUUUACUAUAAAUUUGGUAUGAAAAUUUAUGUAGUUUUGCUCAUUAUUAAUUCUAUUGAAUUGAAAGUUUUGUAGUGAAUUAUGAUUCUAUCAAUAUCAAUAUGACACCAAACAUUAAAUACGACGUUUUCAUAAGCUUUAGAGGUGAGGACACUCGUAACAAUUUCACUAGCCAUCUCGAAAAAGCAUUGUCUGAUAAAAGUUUACAAGUUUACAUAGAUAAGAGGCUCGAGAGAGGUGAAGAGAUUUCUUCAGCUCUUGUGAAAGCAAUAGAGGAAUCAAAGCUUUCUAUUGUUGUUUUCUCAAAGAAUUAUGCAUCUUCGAGGUGGUGUUUGGAUGAACUCGUUCAUAUUUUGAAGUGUAAAGAAAGAGAUGGGCAAAUUGUUGUUCCGAUAUUUUAUCACGUCACUCCAAGUGACGUUAGAAAACAAGUAGGGAGUUUCGGUGACGCAUUUCGUGAACUUGAAGAACGCUUUAAGAGAAAUGUCGUCGAGUUUAGUGGAUUGACUCGAGUGAUGAAGACUGCUUUAAUAUCGAUAAAAGGGUACUUCAAUGGUGCACAUGAAGAAUGCUUUAGAUCAAGUGAGUCUGAUAAAUUGACUAAGUGGAGGACUGCUUUAACAUCUGUUGCUGAUCUUUCUGGUUGGCCAACACCAUUAAGGUGUGAUGAGUCCGAGUUAAUUGAGGAAAUUAUCAAUGACAUCUUGAAAAAAUUAAAUUACAUGUCAUUAAGUAUUAAUCUUCCGAAAGGUUUAGUUGGAAUGGAGAGACGAAUUAAACAUCUUGAAUCAUUGUUUCUCACCAAGUCAUCAUCAUUAGAUUCUCAAAUUGUAGGAAUUUGGGGCAUGGGUGGUAUAGGCAAGACAACUCUAGCACAUGCCCUAUUUACUCAAACUUACUAUAAGUUCGAAGGUCAUUGCUUUCUCGAAAAUAUUAGGGAAGAAUGGCAAAAACAUAACAAACUCGAUUUGAGGAAUAAACUUUAUGGUGACUUAUUGAAGGAAGGAAAUCGAGAUUUGAUCAUCAACAAGUUUGUGAAGGAUAGACUUUCUCGUCGAAAGAUACUUAUUGUUCUUGACGAUCUAGAUGAUACAGAACAAUUUGAGUAUUUAAUUGGCGAUCGCGAUUGGUUAAGCCAUGGAAGUAGGGUGAUUGUAACAAGUAGAAAUAAGCAAAUGCUUAAGAUUAUUGGGGUUGAUUGGAUCCAUAUGGUUGAGCAACUAGCCAAUGAUGAAGCUCUUCAACUCUUUAGUUUCAACGCCUUCAAAAUAAAAACCCCACCAAAAAAUUAUAUGGAGUUGUCAAGAAAAGUGGUGAAUUAUGCUGCAGGCAUGGCCUUGGGUCUUAAAGUUAUAGGUUCAUCUUUGUUUUCGAAGAAUAAAAAAGAUUGGGAUAAAGCUAUAAAGAAGUUUGAAAUAUAUUUUUCUAAUCUAAAGAUUCAAGAUGUGUUGAGAAUAAGUUAUGAUGGACUAAAUGAUCAUGAAAAAGAUGCAUUUCUUGACAUUGCUUGUUUUUUAAAAGGAAAAAGAAUUGAGGUUGUUGAAGAAAUUUUGGAUGGUUGCGGAUUUGAGGGUACCAUAACUAAUCUCAUUGAUAUGUCUCUCAUUAGUGUCACUAAUGAGAAUAAGAUAUGGAUGCAUGAUUUGGUGCAACAAAUGGGUAGGGAAAUUGUUCGUGAACAGAGUCCUAAAGAGCUUGGGAAGCGUAGUAGGUUGUGGCUUACUGAGGAAGUAUGUCGUGUUUUGCAACAUAAUUUAGGUACUUCAACGAUUGAAGGAUUGUCACUGUAUACACGUGAUAUUAAGCAUGACAUUGACAUAAAACCUUCCACCUUCAAUGAGAUGUACAAUUUAAGAUUGCUUAAAAUUAUUGUAUGCAUGGGGAACUACAAAUUACGAGUUUUAAAAGGUCUUGAUUUUCUUCCAGAUGCACUUAGAUAUCUCAAGUGGGUUCAAUACCCAUUGAAGUCUUUACCAUCAACUUUCAUUCCACAUAAUCUUGUUAAACUUGAUAUGCCCUUAGGCGAGUUUGAGCAUCUUUGGAAUGGACUCCAGCAUGUGGAUAGCUUAAAGUAUGUAAAGCUUUGUUUCUCAAAAAAGCUAUAUAAUGCACCGAAUUUGUCUAGGGCUAAUCUCAAGAGUGCAGAUUUUAAAGGUUGCACAAGUUUGGUUGAAGCUCCUUCAAUGAGGUUUCAACAAUUAGAAACAAAUAACAAUAAGGUAAUUAUGAACCAAAUUACAUCAAAAGUUUGGAGCCAAAGAGAAGAUUUGUUAAGAUAUGGAUCAUCAAUGGGAAUCGAAAUCCAUGAAAACUCGUUGAAUCUAAGCGGUUGUUCUAAUCUCAAAACUCUUUCACACUUGUCUGGAAAUAUUGAAUAUAUAUACUUACGCUCGACUGCAAUAGAAGUAUUGCAUCAUUCAAUUUGGUGUCUUGGACAUCUAUCUUUGUUGGAUCUCAACAAUUGUAGAAGCCUUAAAAAUCUACCAAAAGACAUGAUUUGUAAGUUGGAGUGUUUGAAGGAACUAAACCUAGGUGGUUGUGUGUGUAUCAACAUGUUUCCAAAGCUUCCAAAGAACAUAGUGAAAGUAGAUUUGAGUGGAACAUCCAUUGAACAAGUCCCCUCAUCAUCAUUUGAUUAUUGUUUUUAUAGUCUUGAGGUUUUGUCAAUGAAAAAUUGCACACAGCUUGGAUCUAUUACAACAAGUCUCAGCAAGUUGAAGAUGCUUAAUUACCUUGACAUUUCAUAUUGCUCAAAAUUAAAGUGCUUUCCACACAUUACAGAGCCUCAGGUACAUUUGGCGCAACUUUAUUUAGAUGGAUCAGGAAUUGAAGAGAUACAUUGGUCAAUUAAAAAAUUAAUUGGGCUAAGAAAGCUAGAUUUGAGACGGUGUAAAAAUCUUAAAUCUCUUCCGAUAGGUAUUUUUUGUAUGAACCACUUUGAGUAUCUUUACCUACCUGAGCGUUCAGAAAUGGAAAGUUCAUCAUUUUUGAGAUUUGAGUAUCAAUACUACCGCGAUGCUUAUGACAUAGCUAAAACAUCCAUCUCAAAUCCAUUCCAAAUAACAAAUUACUCUGAAAAAGGUUAUAUUCAUCCAGUAGAUCAAAUUCCAUUAUGUAUCCCAAACCAAUCUGAAGGAUUAUCCAUGGACUUCAAGUUUUCAUCAACUCAACUUGAUGAAACCAUCUCAAUAACUCUUCCUUUAUGCAUAGUUGUUGAGUUUGUGGAGUUAAGAACUCAUGAUGAGAUGAUGAAUCAUAUUAUUCGAUGUGAAAGCCAUUUCAUCAAGCAUGAUAACACAACUCGAAAAUGUGUGUUUGUGUUUCCUAAACAAGCUAAUCAUGCCAUAUGUUUCGAUUCCAAGAAAUAUUUGCUGGUUUGGUAUGUGAAUGAGAUGUGUAGCUAUAUUCAUGAUACAGUUAAGGUUUCUUUUGACUUCUCCAUUAUAGAUGUAAAAGGGAAACAACAUCAAGUUGGGAAAAUUAAAAGGUGCGGAAUCCAUGUGUAUGAUAAUAAUGAGAAAAUUUAUCACAACUAUUUUCCAUUAUUGCUUUUCAUAUCUAAGGAAAGAAAUGGCAACCAUUUCAAUAUGUCAAACCGCAAGGGAAUGAAGAGCCCUUCUGAUAUCAUUACAAUUGCACGACGAGACAGAUUAGGGAAUGAAGAGCCCUUCUGAUAUCAUUACAAUUGCACGACGAGACAGACUAGGGAAUGAAGAGCCCUUCUGAUAUCAUUAUAAUUGCACGACGAGAUAGAAUAGGGAAUGAAGAGCCCUUUUGAUAUCAUUACAAUUGCACGACGAGAUAGACUAGAAAAUGAAGAGCCCUUAUGAAAUUAUUACAAUUGCAUGACGAGAUAAGCUACUACAAGUCUAGGGAGGCAAGGUGCAUGGAAUCCGGCGUAUCACCUCAAAAAUAUAUACAUAUUUAAUUUUAAAGUAAUAAUAUUUACACACAUUUUUACAUCAAAAUACUUUGUACACACUUUUGUGAGUACUUCAUGUUUCAUCAAUUUGAUUGAUUGAAAUCUUUUAUCAUAAUAUUUUGAUAUAAAUUGUAUGA